GUCCCGAGCCGCACGUGUCAGGGCCUCCAAUUCCAGUCAGGGCCCGCCCGGGGACCCAAACCACCGCCCCGGGACACCAAACCACCGCCCCUUCGGCCUCGCCGGAGGCCGAGCCCCAGCAUGGGCCACGAAGGCUGACGAACGUGGUUACCGGGCCCCGGGCUGGCGGAAGCCGGCCGACGGCGGUGAUGAUCAGAAUGUUUAGCGACUGCUUCUGUUUCAGAAUCUGCCGACGCAAACACAGGGAACGCGGGGACCAGCUCAAAAAGAAGCCUACCCAGAAGAGAAAGGGCUGUAGGUGUAAGUGUAGGUGUGGCGCUCGGCAGAAGAGCAAGCAGCAACGUGGACGGAGAAGGGCCCGACGGGGGAGAUCCCAGUACAGGAGACGCAGGAAAAGUCGGAGGAAGCCCAAGAAAAGUCGGAGGAAGCCCAAGAAAAGUCGGAGGAAGCCCAUGAAAAGGAGUCAGUCACGGCCCAGGAGGAGGCACCCAAGGAGAACGAAGGGGAAGUUUAAAUCAAGUCAGCACAGAGGGAGAGGUGCUGAGGAGGAAACGGAAUCUAUGGGGUGAAAUACUUUUUCAGGAAGAGUGUGGUUGAGCCCGAGAAGUGAUCCAGGUGAUCGCGGCAGAUCUCCGAGCCCCAAAGAAGACGCCAUCUGUCAAUAAACUUCAGUCAGUGCAUUCCAA